UUGGAUGAAGGAUUCAUUCGUUAAGUUCUAGUGUCACACCAAACAGGUGGGGAUUGGAGAAAAAUAAUAUUGAAAUAAAAAGAGUUUAAACAAAUCUAUAGCGCCAUGAAGUUAAGCGCAAUUGUUUUAGCAGUUUUAGUGGUGAUUGUUAAUCAAAGUGAUUGCUUAGAAAAUGGUCUUGCAAGGACACCUCCAAUGGGCUGGAUGCACUGGGAAAGAUUCAGAUGCAUCACAGAUUGCAAGAGCUAUCCAGAUGAGUGUAUUAGUGAGGACCUUUUCAAACGAAUGGCUGAUAAGUUGGUCUCUGAAGGUUAUGCCAAAGCUGGUUAUGAAUAUAUCAUAAUUGAUGAUUGUUGGCUGGAGAAGGAAAGAGACAACAAAACACAAAAACUCGUUGAAGAUCGUGAACGAUUCCCAAGUGGUCUUAAGGCUUUAGCUGACUACAUUCAUGGAAAAGGAUUGAAAUUCGGUCUCUAUCAAGAUUACGGAACUCUCACAUGUGCCGGAUAUCCAGGUGUUAUUGAUCACAUGGAACUUGAUAGUCAGACGUUUGCUGAUUGGGAUGUCGAUUAUGUUAAACUUGAUGGUUGUUAUGCUGAUAUCGAUGACAUGGACAAGGGUUAUCCAGCAUUUGGAAACUUUUUGAACAAAACCGGCAGACCAAUGGUUUACUCAUGCAGUUGGCCAGUUUACCAAGAAUACAAUGGAAAAUUGCCCAAUUAUACAGCUUUGAAGGAACACUGCAACUUAUGGAGAAACUGGGGUGAUAUUGAUGAUUCUUAUGAAUCAGUCGUAUCGAUCAUGGAUUAUUUCUCAAAGAACCAAGACAGAAUUCAACCACAUGGUGGUCCAGGUCACUGGAAUGACCCUGACAUGCUUAUCCUUGGAAACUACGGAUUAAGUUAUGAACAGAGUAAAACUCAAAUGGCUGUUUGGGCAAUUCUUGCUGCUCCAUUGAUCAUGUCAAACGAUCUUAAAGCUGUUCAGCCUGAAAUUAGAGAUAUUCUUACAAAUAGCGAAAUCAUUGCGGUUAAUCAAGAUCCAUUGGGAAUUCAGGGUCGUCGUGUUCUUUUGAAAAAUGAUAUUGAGGUAUGGGCAAGACCUAUCACCCCAACAUCUGAAGCUGGAGAGUAUUCAUAUGCAGUUGCUUUUGUUAGUCGACGAGCUGAUGGAGCACCCUAUUCAAUAAAAGUCACAUUGAAAGAACUUGGUCUAAAGAACACUAAGGGUUAUAAGAUCAGGGAUCUUUUCUCUGGAGCAAAGAAACGUGGAAAGUAUCAUUCAUUGGAUACAUUUGAAACAAGAAUUAAUCCAACAGGAGUGAAUUUCUACAAAUUCAGCGCUUAUUAAUUAUAGGAUAUUGCCAGUAUUAUUUUUAAUGAUGUGAAUUACAAUUUCUGUGAUUGUUGAUUAUGUAAAUAAAAAGAAAAACUAAAUAUAAUAAAAAAAAUUAUGUUUGUC